AUGAUAAAACAACCAGUCCUAGCUGAACUGCAGUUCUUUGUUAAAAGCGUGUCCUUGCUGUACAAGGGAGUGCCGCUUAAGGACACAGGCGCACUUGUAAAAAGUGCACUACACCUGUUGGAGGAUCUUCCAUCGACAAGAGAUGCGGUGUUCGAUUAUUUUACGCUCGUAUUCAAUAAUGCUGUCAAGGUGUACAUGCUCAGUGCGGAGAAAAACUUGCCCGACCCUUCUGUGGACGAUGAAGCCGUACAGGAAAUACACGAAGCAUUGGAACGCUUGGUAACCGUAGGUCCUUCCGCCUGGUGUCCGCUCAUAUCAUCGUGGUGUUUGAAGCUACUCGGAGAAGUAUGCAAAAAACACUCCCGACGCCGACCACCACCGGACAUUCGAAGUGCAUGUAAUCUUUGGCUUGGGUGCAGUGCUAUUCGCUACCUGUUAAGCCUUAGCGCACUGUGCUUCGAAAAGCUGAACGAUAGCGAAAUGGACGAGUGCAUCAAUGAGCUGCUUGCCAUUUACGAAACACACUCUCCAUUCUUUGACUGGGCCGUAGCACGACUCGGUGGAUGUUUUCCGCUGAAGGUAAUCUCGAGCAUGUUGGUAAUGGGAGUAAGCAGGUUUAAUGGAGAAUUCGAUCAACCAUCCGAGUCCGAGGUGGAAGUGUUGAGUUAUCUCGGUUUGGCACAUGAGAACGAUUUGCGCAGCGCGCUCACAUCAACGGUCGAAAAAGAUAACACUUCCAAACAGGCGAUUCCGUAUUUGCUGUUGUUAGCAAAAGCUUCCGAUACGAUAUCUCAAGCUUUAGUAGCCGUAUUUCUAAAUCUACAUGACCAAAAGCGUUUACAAUUGAUAAAAGUUCAGCCCAAACAUUGGCCAUCGAAUAUCAGUCUUCCGUACGUACUGCAUACAGUGGCUGGACUGUUGCUAAAGAUAAAGAAACACGCUAUUCAAGUGACGCUCAUACUUGCGAAGCUGUCCACACAGCACAGCUGGUGCCAGGAGCUGCUAGAAAUCAUGUUUGUCGAGCUGGAAACGCUCGUGCUAGAUAAGCAAUCCGUACCGUUGCUUGAAGACAUCAUACGCGAUGGUUCGCGGGAAACCCUAUGGAGCAGCUGCACUAUCGACGUACCGUACGUGCAACAAGUCGCGGUACGAUUAGUGUUACUAGCCAGCUUCAAAUCAAACUCCGUCUUUCAUCAAUCGAUCGUGUACCUUUUAUCGGUGAGUGAUCAAACCGUAGGUUCCGGUACCAAGUCGCAUCUUAAUGCGCUCGUCCGUAUGCUUAGUGGGCCACAUGGAACAUCAGAUGUGCCCAAGGUGCGACCGGCAUUUGAAACUGCUUUCGAGAAAAUUCUGAUCGGACCUAACAAGCGGACAGAUUGUUGGAACAUUUUGCACAAUUUGGCAGAGCUGUUGAGGUUGGAACGUACCGCAAUCCUUGGCACCACACUGCGUAAGGUAAACUGCAUUGGCAUUGUGCACGAGCUGCUGGAUCGAGUGUUGAAAAUUUGGGAAAAUUUUAUGAACCAUGAAAGGCAGGAUACACCAACAAGGUCUUCAAUCGUGCUAGGAGAUGGGAAAUGCUCACCAACGAAAGAAACUUGCAAACGAAUGAAAAGCGAACAUCCUGAGCCAGAGUUGAUUGGUACAGAUUGCAGGACAGUAACUUACAAAGACCUUAUCCACGAAACCGUAAGACUGAUCGAAUGUUUAGAUAUUGGUAAAUGCGUUACAAUUGGAACCGGCCAAACACUGAAGUUAUCCCAGCUGUUGGUGAAAUAUUUCUUCUAUUGCCUUCGAUUGUCCUCCAAUGGAACUAGUGUGCCAAUAGGGAAAACGCCGGAAACACUCGAUGAGUCACUGAACCGGGUAUACACCUUGCUGGCGAAACACUGCGCCCAUCGGAAAGCUGCCCGUACUGCGGCCCUCCGUGAGCUGCUAGAAGGUGCACUGUUCAUGUAUGGCAAUCUGUUCGGUUCCCAAUCGGAAUCACAAGCGUACAGCUUCGAUAAACCGGAUGAUUUACUGAUCAGACUGAACCAGAAGCAAGGCAUCGCGCUCAACGCAUCCAGGGCGACCGUGCUGCAUGCGGGCAUCAUUGGCCAGGGACCGAAAAUUCCCACCAAGAAGGCGAUUGGGCCGGCAUCCGAAAUGCAGAACCACCUGUUGAAUGCAAUCGUAGCUUGUUGCCAGGAUGUAAAUGAUCAUCAGGCAACCAUCGAUGGCUUUAGCUAUGUGUCACUGCUGUUGGUGGAGAUGAUAUCACCGGAUGUGAUGUACAAUGGGUUACCGUGGCCGGAAGAAGACUUCAUAAAGGUAACGAUGGAGCGUGACCUGCAGAUACAGCGCACCUUCCGCCAUUCUCCGAUCCUUUGGUCAAUUUUGGGGCUUGUUGCGUGCUACCGACCAUCGCUCUGCUACUGUUCGGUGCUGUUGCGUGCACUUUGCGCGUCUGCUUUGCAUCAGUGGCGCUCCAAGACGGCUGAAACGUUGAACGGUCAGAAAACGGACCUGAUGUACAUGACGACAAAGCUGCUUGAGCUGAUGGCUUUGGCCCAGCUGCUGCCACCGCCACUGAGCUACCUGCACAUUGUGUUGGAAUACUUUGAUGGACCGGAGAUCGCUUACGUCCUUAAAGAAAGUGUGUGGAAUUAUAUGAAAGAUCACGUUCCAUCUCCGGUACUGUUUGUGUGUGAUCCUAUCGGGUUUCAUUGGCGUGAUCCACUCACAUCGAGACCGCCGGUACAGUAUACAAACCCGUUACGCAACACCAUGCAAAAGAAACUCACCAAGGUGGGCCAUCUGUACUAUCAGAUGUUCGUUGGGCCGGAGCUUCGAAAUCCUACCAACAGUAGUAACCAGCAACAACAGCUUCAGCCACCAGCGCCACAAGGAGCCAUCGGUGGAAUCGUUGAUCAGGGAUUAAAGGCUGGACCUAGCGGCGUAUCCUUUGGUACAAUUCCAAUAUCGCCUGCACAGGACCAGUUGUAA